UCCAUGAAAGAGUCUGUGUCUUUCCAGGGAAAAAAAUUAAAAAUCCAGCCCCCUUCAGUCCCGUACCCUCCUCCUCCUCGGGUUAGGGCAGCUGCCAAUUUACGGACAACAACGUUUGAAGAAGGUGGACCACUGCCCUACAAAUGAAACCUGUGUCUGAUGGAGGGGACUAUUAGCACAAAAACUGGGAUUUUAUUCUUCCUCUGACUUUGGGUUCAGUUAAUAAACUUCAGGACACAUCUCCCUCUCUCCAUUAGACCCGCUGUAACCUUUACACCGUGGCAUUAUAAGCUGAAAUAAUGGAUAAAUCAAGAUACAAGCAGCAGUUAGCGUUCAGCCUCCUGCUUUGGUUUUGGUUGCCAUACUGUUUAACUCAAACUACACCGUCAAACACCGCCACGUCAAAGCCCACAUCGACACCAACACCAUCCCCAUCCCCCCGGCCCGAAAGGCUAAAGGUCAGACUGGCUGGAUAUCCUCGAAAACACAACGAGGGACGGAUAGAGCUGUUCUACAAGGGAGAGUGGGGAACCAUCUGUGAUGACGACUUCACGAUAGCUAACGCCCACGUACUUUGCCACCAUCUGGGCUUCGUCUCAGCCACAGGAUGGACCCACAGUGCUAAAUAUGGCAAAGGCCAAGGAAAAAUCUGGCUGGACAACGUGCAGUGUCAUGGAGGUGAGAAGAGCAUCGAAUUCUGCAAGUCCCGUGGCUGGGGCAACAGCGACUGCACUCACGAUGAAGAUGCCGGCGUUGUCUGCAAAGAUGAGAGGAUACCCGGCUUUGUGGACUCGAAUGUUAUUGAUGCACAAGUUGAUGAGAACAAAGUAGAGGAGGUGCGACUCAGGCCAGUGGUUGGCGUGGCCAAAAAGAAGCUGCCCAUCACGGAAGGUGUGGUGGAGGUGAAGUACAAAGAUGGCUGGGCACAGAUCUGCGAUGCAGGCUGGACAGUCAAAAACACCCGCGUGGUCUGCGGCAUGCUGGGGUUCCCUCAUGAGAGGAAGGUCAACAAAAACUUCUACAAACGUCUGAAAAAGCGAGCAGCUGAGAAGGUCUCCAGACCAAAGGUUAAUGUUUCAGCCGGUGGAAGGCAGACACCCAAAGCUAAAGCUAUCACUAAGUCUAAACAGAGCAGCCCUGGCAAAAGGUUGUAUUUGGAACGUCAGAAGAACAACUUCCUUCUUCACUCUGUGGCAUGUACGGGUACAGAGGUCCAUCUGGCCGCCUGUCCGCUGGAAUUCAACAAGCCAAACGCCACAUCCUCCUGUGCAGGCGGCAUGCCGGCCGUCAUUAGCUGCACGCCGGGGCCGCUGUUCAUGCAAAACAGCGGUUUGAAAAAGAAACUGAAAAUUUCGACCAAUGUGAGGCUGAAGGGAGGUGCCAAGGUAGGCGAGGGUCGGGUCGAGGUGCUGAAAGACAACGUGUGGGGGACUGUGUGCGACGACCGCUGGAAUCUGCUGUCGGCCAGCGUUGUCUGCAGGGAGCUCGGCUUUGGCAGCGCCAAGGAGGCUCUCACCGGUGCCCGCAUGGGUCAAGGAAUGGGUCCGAUCUACAUGAAUGAGGUGAAGUGCCUCGGGCAGGAGAGGUCCAUCUGGGACUGCCCCGUUAAAAACAUCACAUCAGAGAACUGUCAGCACUCAGAGGACGCUGCUGUUCGCUGCAACGUACCUUACAUGGGCCUCGAGACCUCGAUCCGAAUCACAGGAGGACGAACCCGCUAUGAGGGCCGUGUCGAGGUGCUGACCUCAGACCCUAAUGGGACACAGAGCUGGGGUCUGAUCUGUGGUGAAAACUGGAGCACCAAGGAGGCCAUGGUGGCCUGUAGGCAACUGGGCUUGGGCUACGCUAACCAGGGCCUGCAAGAAACCUGGUACUGGGACAGCAGCAAUGUGACAGACAUGGUGAUGAGCGGUGUGAAGUGCACGGGAAAUGAGAUGGCUCUGAGUCAGUGCCAGUACCACAAAACUGUCAGCUGCCAGAGAGCGGCAGCAAAGUUUGCAGCUGGAGUAAUCUGCUCAGAGACGGCCUCUGACCUCGUCCUGAAUGCCUCUCUGGUUGAGCAGACAGUUUAUAUCGAGGAUCGCCCUCUGCACAUGCUCUACUGCGCUGCAGAGGAGGACUGCCUGUCUAAAUCAGCUGCGAAGGCCAACUGGCCGUACGGACACCGGCGCUUGCUCCGCUUCUCCUCUCAGAUCCACAACAUCGGCCGCGCUGACUUCAAGCCAAAAGCUGGACGGCACUCGUGGGUGUGGCACGCCUGUCACGGCCACUACCACAGCAUGGAUAUAUUUACCCACUAUGAUUUGCUGAAUGCCAACGGUACCAAAGUGGCAGAGGGACACAAAGCCAGUUUCUGUCUGGAGGACACAGACUGUCAAGAAGGCAUUUCUAAACGAUACGAGUGCGCCAAUUUUGGCGAUCAGGGCAUCACCGUGGGCUGCUGGGAUUUGUACCGUCAUGACAUUGACUGCCAGUGGAUUGACAUCACAGACGUCAAACCUGGAAAUUACAUUAUGCAGGUUGUAAUCAAUCCAAACUAUGAAGUGGCUGAGAGCGACUUCACCAACAACGCCAUGAAAUGCAACUGCAAGUACGACGGACAUCGGAUCUGGUUCCACAACUGCCACAUUGGGGAUGCAUUGAGCGAGGAGGCAGAGAGGAGAUUUGAGAAAUAUCCCGGACAGCUGAAUAACAAGAUUUCUUAAUCGCCAGUAACUUCCCAGCAACUUAGAAACCAAAGCGGGAAUAAAGAUACACCUCACUAACUCAGAAAGAAAGACACAAACCUUUUGUCUUCAGGUGCUAAAACGGAUCCCCGCCACAUAUCUCUAGAUUUGUAGUCACUGAAGCAGCGAAUGUGUGCUCUACGUGUGAAUUAUUUUACUUGAAUAUUCAAGUGGUAAUUUUUCGUGUAGUCUGAGGUGAGUGGGUGCUAUAUUUUUACUGCAAAUUAAAAUUUUAUAAAGUCAGUGAGACAGUCUCCUGUGUAUGAUCGACCUUUUAUAUUCUGUUCCGUUUAUGAGUUAUGACUGGGUUUUUUAAAAAAAAUUUAAUCACCAUAAAGAGAAAAGCUUCAAUGUUUUGCGGAUAUAUAUGUAUACAGAGAUGCUUUUAAACAGCUUGUUUAAGUAAUAACAUCUGCCUUCGUGUUUACAGUAUUUUGUGAAUGUAUUUAUUGCCAACAUGGAGGUACUAAAGAAUCAUUCUGGGUCAACAGCAGUAUUUGGACCAGUUUGAAGCCAUCGUUAGCUUUAGUGCACACAUGUACUUUAGUAAUCUUUGACAGAUUAAUGGGCAAAGGCCAAAGAAAGCUACAGUUACGGUUAGAUUUGUUGUAUUUACUCUGAUGUAAUCACACCUGCUGCACCAAAUAAAACAGAGAAAAACCUCCUGAGA